UGAAGGAAGCGGGGCGGGGCUGAGGCCAAGCAGAGGUUAGGCUGUGUCCGGCAAGUUCCUGUCGCAGAGGAUUUUAUAACAGCUUUCAUUUCACCUGAAAUGGCUGCUGUCCAUUGUCUCUGCUGCUCAGAAUCUCUCCAGAGACAGUUCCUCACCUGUUUCCUUGCAAAUCCACACUAUGGCAGCCUCAUUAAUGCAGAUGGCCAUGGUGAAGUAUGGACAGAUUGGAAUGAUAUGUCCAAGUUUUUCCAGUAUGGAUGGAGAUGCACUACUAAUGAGAAUGCUUAUUCAAACCGUACCCUGAUGGGCAACUGGAACCAGGAAAGAUAUGACCUAAAAAAUAUCAUGCAGCCCAAACCCUUGCAUUCCCAGUUUGGACACUACUUUGAAACAACAUAUGAUGCAAGCUACAACAAAAAAAAGCCACUUUCAACCCAUAGAUUUAAGCGAGAGCCUCACUGGUUCCCAGGACAUCAACCUGAGCUGGAUCCUCCUCGAUACAAAUGCACAGAAAAGUCAACUUAUAAGAGUAGCUAUUCGAAACCUCAAAUUGAGCAUCACUCUGUGUGUGUGUGUAAUCAUAAUAACUGCAAAUUUCCAGGUCCAGGAUUCCAGAGUAGACUGUAGGAGGGAGCACAUUCUAAGCACAACUAAGAAUUUAGCAGACUGUAGCAGUUUCACUUCCUGAAUAAAUAAAGCACAGAAAAUGUUCUCUA